GCGGCGGCGGCGGGAUGGGCACGCCAGUGAAAGAUGUGGUUCUCAAACCUGAUGCUCCCACGGUUCUGUUACUAGAGAAACACUCUGAUUACAUCGCCUCGUAUGGAUCAAAGAAGGAUGAUUAUUAACUGUGAAUGAAUAAUGAAGUUGGAAAGGGGAGCAGGAGCUGACUGUGCAGCCCCCAUUUUGCCAUUCAGAAUACUGUAUGUCUGAGUACUUACGAAUGAGUGGAAUCUACUGGGGUCUGACGGUUAUGGACCUGAUGGGCCAACUGCAUCGUAUGAAUAAAGAGGAAAUCCUGCAGUUCGUUAAGUCGUGUCAACACGAUUGUGGUGGAGUUGGAGCCAGUAUAGGUCACGAUCCUCACCUUCUAUAUACCCUCAGUGCUGUGCAGAUCCUUUCUCUCUAUGAUAGUCUACAUGUUAUUGAUGUUGAUAAAGUUGUUGAAUAUGUUCAAGGCCUGCAACAAGAAGAUGGUUCUUUUGCCGGUGAUAAAUGGGGUGAAAUAGACACCAGAUUCUCCUUCUGUGCUGUAGCGACACUGGCACUUCUGGGAAGACUCGAUGCCAUUAAUGUAAAUUCAGCAGCAGAGUUUGUUUUAUCCUGCAUGAACUUCGAUGGAGGAUUUGGAUGCAGGCCAGGUUCUGAAUCUCACGCAGGACAGAUCUACUGCUGCACGGGGUUUCUUGCUAUAACAGGCCAGUUGCAUCACAUCAACGCUGACUUACUAGGCUGGUGGCUUUGUGAGCGGCAGUUACCAUCCGGAGGCCUCAAUGGACGGCCUGAGAAGUUGCCCGAUGUUUGUUACUCCUGGUGGGUUCUGGCUUCUCUGAAGAUCAUUGGACGGUUGCACUGGAUUGACAAGGAUAAGUUGUCCACUUUUAUCUUGGCCUGUCAGGAUGAGGAGACCGGUGGGUUUGCAGACCGGCCUGGAGAUGUGGUUGAUCCCUUCCAUACCUUGUUUGGUGUGGCUGGCCUUUCCCUCAUGGGAGACCAGCAGGUCAAGGCGGUGAACCCAGUGUUCUGCAUGCCCGAGGAUAUCCUGCAGAGAAUUGGUCUCCAACCGGAGCUUCUGAGCUAAAGGGAAUUGGAGAUCGGGUCUUAGUGCUGUUUGAAAUACGAUUAUGGACACUCAUGAUUAGCGUGACUGUGACCAGGGGUACUUGAAUGUUUACCCUCAUUGGGAUUUGGCAAUAACUUGCGAGCUAUGACUGCUACUAGGAUUUGGUUCAUUCAUUUCCGGUUUCUUGUGUAUCAAUAGAAUGAGGUACUCCUACGGAUGAUUAGCACUGUGUCAUUGCAACCAGUGGUAUUUCCCAAUGAACCAUUUGCAGAUGCUACAUCUUCCAUUGCACAGACUGAAUCCUUUUAUCUGUUGUAAGUUGUUUUGCCUAAUGCUUGUAUGAAGUUUGACAUUAUUCACUAUAGCUAUGGCUGUGCAUUGAUUCGGUUGAGCUACAGCCAUGAGUGAUUUAACUGGCAUUUGAAAGGUGAACAGAAGCUAAAGGCUUGAAUGGGAAUCAACAAAACUACAAAUGCUGGCAGUCGCAAUAAGAACAUAAAAUGUGGAAAUAGCAUCGGAGAGGGAAAUGGUUAACAUUUCCGGUCCGUGACCCUACAUCCGAACAGAGAACCAAGUUAGUGUGGGCAGCAGAAACCUGAAACGUUACUUCUUUCUCUCUCCUCAGAUGCUGCCUGAUCUGCUGACUGUUUCCAGCAUUCUCUGUUUUCACCAAAGACUGUAAUGUAGACACUAAAUCAGAGUAAUUUUUGCAGCACAUUGUUUUUAUUUUUAGAGAUUGGGUGUGGAGCAAAUAAGCUUUAAUUAAUCAGUUGACAACCUUGAUGUGGAUUGUUCUUGCUCUUUACGAGAGCCUGGAAUCAUACCCAAUCCGAAGUUGUGAGUAAGUAGUUAAGGCUAAUGCUUCUAUGAGGGAGGGUCACACUGUGAAGGGACGGUAGUGAGGGAAUGGUGCACUGUGGGAGCGGUGGUCUGUCAAAUUGCCAUCUUUUUGAUGAAUUGUUAAACUAAAAACACUGGGCCAGUGAGACCGUGGGGGAUGCUGUUUACGUUUGUGAAGUUUUGGUUUUGUGCUGAACUUUUUGACCUCAUGUUCAGCACAGCUUUGUGGGCCGAAGGGCCUGAAUUGUGCUGUAGGUUUUCUGUGUCUAUGUUUCUAUGUUAUUUCAAAUGAAGAAAACACAUUUGCUUUCUUUUCAGUCCCAUUCGUGGUCUGAAUCUUGGUGCCAGUGAGCAGUUAUCUCUUGGUCCUCUCCAAACCACUCAGGCGCAAAUAUUUUCCUUAUGGAAAUUUUAAAAAAAAAUAAUCCUGGAAAGUUUUAAUCUCUCUUCGUUGUUCCCCUUUGUGGUCUGUGCUUUAUUCUACAACUCUCAAAUUGCCUGCAGAUUGGAAAUGUUUACAUUUCAUUUCUUGGCACUGAUUAAUAGCUUUACUGCUCAGAAAUUCAGACCUUUGUAAUGCCACAAAGAGAGAAGAUCGUUUUCACCCUGCAAAUUAAAGGUUACUUACAGGAUUUGUUUUAUUUUCUGUUGGUGGGUUACAGCCAGGGUGCCAGUAAUAUUCUGAGUUAUCACAAGCAAAUCUUGGGUGUGAGUGAGGUUAAGGCAGGACUGCUUUCCAACAGGAAACACAGGUUUUUGGAUAUUUUAAAGAGGUUCUUAACAAAAAACUAACAUCAGGGCAGAUUAUGAUGAAAAGCACCCAGCACUGUGGGUGUUGGUGAGGUAACGGGGGUAAGUUGAGUGAAUUUAGAACAAUAGCGUGGGUUUCCCCCGGGUGCUCCAGUUUCCUCCCACAUUCCAAAGAUGUGCAGGUCGGUCGGUUAAUUGGCCGCUGUAAAUGAGGUGAGUGGUGGAAGGGAUGGGGAUGUGGGUAGAAUAGGUUAGAACACAGAGCAGUACAGCACAGGCACAGGCCCUUCAGCCCACCAUGUCUGUGCCAAACACAAUGCCAAAUUAAACUAAUCUAUUCUGCCUGUACAUGAUCUAUAUUCCCUCCGUUCCCUCAAUAUUCAUGUGUCUGUCUAACAGCCACUAUCAUAUCUGACUUCCCCCACCACCCCGGCAGCACAUUCCAGGCACCCAGCACUCUUGUUUUCUAAAAAAAAACACUUGCCCUGCACAUCUUUAAACAUCCCCCCCCCCCCCCCCCCCCCACCUUCAAUGCUUGUCCUCUAGUAUUUGACACAACAGGUUAGGGGGAGUAGUAUUGCACAGACUCAAUGGGCCAAAUGGCGGUCUCUUGUGUCAUAAGGGAAUAUGGAAAUAAAGUGCGGUCAUCAGCACUCACCUGCUGGGAAUUGAUUGGAGAUCCUACAUGUGGAGUCGUCUGUUGAAAUCCAGGUGAAACUGAGGAGAAUGGAAAGCUUCAUGUGGGAAGAUGGUGCUCUCGUGUCAGUAAUGUGCAGAUCAAUGGCUGUGUACACAGGUCAGGCAGUAGGAAACAGCAGCAACCAAUGGUUACUUCAGGUCUGGUCUUGGCUGUGGGGAAGUUAGUCACCUCGCUGCUCGCAGGGGAAUGUUUCUUGUUGGACUGGGACAGGAAAAAAUUAAGAUUUAUUGUAUCUUAAAACCAAAUUAAUCCUAAAUCCUGUGAUAAAAGUUCCUGAUUCUUUUUUUGAAUUCUACGUUCCCUUUACUGUUCUGAAUCAUGCAAAUGGCGCUGCCCCUUGUAUAACCUCUGGAAAAAUAUAUUCACAUCAUCGACAUACAGGAAGGUGGGGUCGGAAAAAUGUACCAGAUUGUGGAAUGUUUUUAUAAUUGUGACUUUAAACUGAAAAAUUAGAACUUUGUAUUAACACAAACUAAAGAAUAUUGCUUUAAGUUUUGUCUUUUUAACCUGUUUAACUUCAUUGGUUAAAUUAUAUUUAUUAUGUGAAUGUGCCAUGAUUUGAUUACCAUUGAGACUUGCAAUUAGCUCUAAAAGAGCUUCCUUUGCUAUGGAUAGUUGAAUAAAACACAAA